CGUGUGUUUUGUUCUCUCUUCUCUCUCGGUCUCUGAGCUCUUCUCUCUUCUCUUCUAUUUGUGUUUUUUGGAUCGAUGGUGCGGGUUGGAUGAGGACAAAAGGAGGGCUGAUGCAGUCGGGUUGGCGGAAAAUCUAGCCAAAAGAAAGAGGAGUAAAAACGAGGUGGAUUCGGUGCACGAGCGUCGGAGAAGGGGAGAAGAGGAGAUAAAAAGGUGGCUUUUUUAUGGAGAAAAGAAUCCGGAAAGCUCGCUUUUUUUUGGAUCUAUAUCGGAAAAGGCGGGCUUGAGUAGUUGUUUCCACGGUUUGGGAACCUGGGGGUUGUUUUCUUGGAGAAUUUUGGGCAAAUUCGAAGAAAGAGAGCUGGGUUCAAACGUUUUGGUCCGGGGGUGAUUGGUUCUGGGAAAAUGGUGGGUUCCAGGGGUAAGAAUGAGAGAUUUUGAUGCUGAGAGUGUGUUGACAACUAGAAAAGUUUCUUCCUUGGUGGAGUGGAUGUGGGAGGUGAUAAGUUUGUGGUGAAAAUGGAGAUAUUUGUGAAGUUUUGACGGAUUUUUGGAAGACAGGGGGUGGGCUUUGGAGCUGGUUUUCUAACAUCCUCGAAUCAGCUCUUGACUUCUCUAGGGUUCGGUUUUCCUGCUAGAAGAAUAUCAACAACCAGGGUAGGCUGGAUGCUGGACGGAAGGCUCUUUCAGCGUUAGGUGUGAGAAUUUUGAAUUCGAGAGCUGGAGCAGGUGGCGGCGGCGGACUUCUGGUUUCCCUACUUGCCUAAAGAAACUAUUGUGCUUGUGAGUUUUCUUGGAAUCAGAAAGUUCAGUCUUUUAAAGAGAAAAAAAGAUCGGGAUUGUCUCGUUUGUUGCUAAAUUAUUGGAGCCUUCAGCAUUGGAAUAUUGAGGAAAUGAGUAUGCUCAAGAAUUACUGUAGUGCAGAAGGUGACAGGGGAUGAUGGAUUCUUUCUUUGAUGAUUGAAAUUAGGCAUCUGAGGCUUCUGUUAUAUGAAAAUUUCAGUAGAAGAUGAGUUCAACUAGAUCUUGAUAUCAGUACUUCUGAUCAUUAAAAUGCCGGAGUUUUCAAAAUCUGAAAGGGAUUUUUCUUUCGCGGCUAUUGAUUUUGUAUUGCUGGUAGUCUUUCUAUCAUCAUGUAGUUCCCAAGGGCUAAACAUGGAAGGCCAGUACCUUUUGGAAGUUAAGAGUCAAAUGAUGGAUGACUUCCACCACCUUGAUAGUUGGAACCCUAAAGAUCAAAUGCCUUGUGGAUGGAAGGGUGUGAAUUGCACAUUUGGCUAUGAUCCUGUGGUUUCCUCUCUUGAUCUGAACUCCAUGAAUCUAUCCGGAACCAUCUCUCCAAGCAUUGGUGGCUUAGUGCACCUAACAUAUCUUGACCUCUCCUUCAAUGGGUUCUCAGGAAGAAUCCCUGCGGAGAUAGGAAAUUGCUCAAAGUUGGAGAUUCUAAACAUGAACAACAAUAACUUUGAAGGCAAAAUCCCUCCAGAAUUGGGUAAACUCUCUUCCUUGGUUACCUGCAAUUUAUGUAAUAACAAGCUUUCUGGUUCCCUUCCUGAGGAGAUUGGAAAUCUCUCCUCGCUCACAGAACUAGUGUUGUAUACCAAUAACUUAACGGGUCCAUUGCCUCAUUCCAUUGGCAAACUCAAGAACCUGGCCAUCUUUCGAGCGGGGCAGAAUAUGAUCUCUGGAAGCUUACCUGUUGAGAUAAGUGAAUGCCAGAACUUGAACAUGCUUGGACUUGCUCAAAACCAGCUAGGCGGUGAGAUCCCUAAAGAACUCGGGAAGCUGAGGUAUUUGACUGAUCUGAUUCUUUGGGCCAAUCAACUGUCUGGAGUUAUCCCCAAGGAGCUUGGAAACUGUUCAAGCCUUCAGACUCUUGCACUGUACCAGAAUAAUCUAGUGGGCCACAUACCUGUGGAGAUUGGGAACCUGAAAAAUUUAGUGUGGUUAUAUCUGUACACGAAUUUAUUGAAUGGAACAAUCCCAAAGGAGAUUGGGAAUCUUACUCUGGCAACAGAAGUAGACUUCUCAGAGAAUAUGUUGACUGGAGGAAUACCAGCAGAGCUAGGUAACAUAAAGGGCUUGCACCUGCUCCAUCUCUUUGAGAACCAGCUGACAGGGUUUAUCCCGACUGAGCUGUGUGGACUCAAGAAUUUGACUAGGCUUGAUCUUUCAAUCAACAACCUCACUGGUCCUAUCCCUAAUGGAUUGCAGUAUCUGACUGAGUUGAUCCAAUUACAACUCUUUAAUAACAUGCUUUCCGGUAGCAUUCCUCAGAGGCUUGGGGUGUAUAGUCCCCUUUGGGUAGCCGAUUUUUCAGACAACAACCUCACUGGGCAAAUACCAAGACAUCUUUGCAGAAAUUCUAAUCUUAUAUUGCUGAACCUAGGGUCAAACAAGAUGACAGGAAACAUCCCAACUGGUAUCACAAAUUGCAAAUCCUUGGUGCAGCUUCGUUUAGGUGGGAACAACCUCACGGGGAGCUUCCCUUCUGACCUGUGCAAGCUCGUAAACCUCAGUACCAUUGAGCUUGGUCAAAACAAGUUCGGUGGUCCCAUUCCACCAGAGAUAGGGGACUGUAAAGCUUUGCAACGGUUUAACAUUCCCAACAACUUUUUUACAUCUGAGUUGCCAGGAGGGAUCGGUAAUCUAUCACGGCUGGUUGUCUUUAACAUUUCAUCUAACAGAUUUGGAGGAAGAAUACCCAUAUUGAUUUUCAACUGUACAAAACUCCAAAGACUUGAUAUCAGCCAGAAUCAUUUUAUGGGCACAUUACCAAAUGAAGUUGGAAACCUCCUGCAGUUGGAAUUGCUGUUUCUUUCUGAUAACUGGCUAUCUGGAAAUAUACCCUCAAUUUUAGGACAGCUUUCUCAUUUGACAGAGUUGCAGAUGGGUGGUAAUCAGUUUAGUGGUGGAAUACCAGAGGAAUUAGGGGGACUUUCAAGCUUGCAAAUUGCAAUGAAUCUCAGCUAUAACAAUCUUUCUGGAUAUAUACCACAAGAACUUGGAAAUCUUGCUUUGUUGGAAUUUCUUUUACUCAAUAAUAAUCACUUAACUGGUGAAAUCCCUGCCACAUUUGUGAAUUUAUCUAGUUUACUUCGUCUUAAUGUCUCGUACAACAAUCUCACUGGUCCACUUCCUCCGAUUUCUUUGUUUCAAAACAUGCCCUUGAGCAGCUUUCUAGGAAACAAAGAGCUUUGUGGUGGACCUCUUGGUGAGUGUGUUGGGUCUCUAUCUUCAUCAACUCCAUCUUCAUUGAGAGCAACAAAUACCCCCUUGGGGAAGAUCAUUGCUAUAAUUGCUGCUGCUGUUGGAGGGAUUUCACUAGUUCUUAUUGCUGUGAUCGUAUACUUUAUGAGAAAACCGCUUGAGACUGUCGCUCCUUUGCAAGACAAGCAGCUUUCUUCUACAGCAUCAGGCAUGUACAUUUCCCCAAAUGAAGGAUUUACAUUCCAAGACCUGGUUGCUGCCACAAAUAAUUUUGAUGAGGGUUUCAUAAUUGGAAGAGGUGCUUGUGGGACGGUAUACAGAGCAGUCAUGCAGUCUGGACACACUGUUGCUGUAAAGAAGUUAGCAUCAAAUCGAGAGGGAAGCAAUGCAGACAACAGCUUCCGUGCAGAGAUUUUGACUCUUGGAAAGAUAAGGCAUCGAAACAUUGUGAAGCUAUAUGGUUUCUGCAAUCACCUGGGCUCCAAUUUUCUUCUGUACGAGUACAUGUCAAGAGGCAGCCUGGGUGAACUGCUUCAUGGGGUAUCUUCUUCCAGCCUUGACUGGGAUACGCGUUAUAUGAUUGCCCUUGGAGCUGCUGAGGGGCUUUCAUACUUGCACCAUGAUUGUAAGCCCCACAUCAUUCACCGAGAUAUCAAGUCUAACAAUAUUCUACUUGAUGAAAAUUUUGAAGCACAUGUUGGGGAUUUUGGAUUGGCAAAGUUAAUUGACAUGCCAUACUCAAAAUCAAUGUCUGCAGUUGCUGGAUCUUAUGGGUACAUAGCACCUGAAUAUGCUUAUACAAUGAAGGUCACAGAAAAAUGUGAUAUUUAUAGUUAUGGAGUUGUCCUAUUGGAGUUGCUGACUGGAAGAGCACCUGUUCAGCCAUUAGACCAAGGUGGUGACCUUGUAACAUGGGUUUGGAAUUACAUUAAAAACAAUUCUUUGACUCCUGGAAUACUUGAUGGUAAAUUGAAUCUAGAAGACAAGAUUGCUGUCGAUCACAUGAUCACAGUUCUGAAAAUUGCUUUGUUGUGUACAAGAAUGUCACCAUUUGAUAGACCACCAAUGCGGCAAGUUGUACUGAUGCUGAUUGAGUCUAAAGAGAGAGCUGGGAGCUUUGCAUCCUCGCCAGUUUCUGAUCUCUCGCCAAAGGACAAUCACACAUAAUGUAUUUGUAUGCUGCAUUGGUUAAAGUAUAAGUUUUUGUUGAUUUUUCCUUGUAAUACAUGGUAAGUCUUUGAUAAUGUCCAUUUUUUAUACAAUUGACGUUUCAU